UGUGUCCCUCCGGCGCGGUGCACUGUGGGUAGGUCAGGAAGAGCCAGUGGAGGACGCCAUGUGCUUCUGCUAGAGGAGGUCCGACAGUCAGUCUCGCGCUGAGAGAGCUGUGUUUUGGGAACUGGCCUGUCGUUUUGUAGCGUUCACUGAACGGUUAGUCGUGCUUUCUGGGUCAUGAUGCACUGCAGCAGAUACUGCGUCCGGAUCGCGCUGCGGACCGCGGCGAACACACACCGACAAAACCUACAGACGGCAGCACUGUGUGCCCUGCGAACACUCAAGACCAGCCCUGUCAGUCCGUCUGAUGCCAUUGCAACACCUCCUCUUGAUGGGAUGCCUAAGCAGUACUCUCCCAAAAUCCAACAGCUGGUCAAUGACAUCGCCAACCUCACACUCAUAGAAGUGUCUGACCUCAAUGAAUUACUGAAGAAAACUCUGAACAUUCAGGAUGUUGGAAUGAUGCCCAUGGGCUCAAUGGCAGCAAUAGCAGCUGCUCCUGCUGCUGAGGCAGGAGAGGAAGAGGCGGCACCUGCAAAGAAAGAGAAAACCCAUUUUACAGUCAAACUAACAGAAUUCAAAGCGGCUGACAAAGUCAAACUGAUUAAAGAAGUGAAGAAUUGCAUGGAGGGUCUGAAUCUUGUACAGGCCAAGAAGCUUGUAGAGUCUCUACCUCAGGAGAUCCGGGUGAAUGUGUUUAAAGACGAAGCAGAAAAACUGAAAGCAGCACUAGAAACAGCAGGAGGCACUGUGGUGCUGGAGUGAAUAUCUGCGCUGUGAUCACUUGUUACCUGUCAGUCAUCGUUUUGUUAUUUUUUUUACAAAAAUUAGGAAUUUGAAGAAAUCAAAUAAUGCCUUUAAAAUGAGCACUUGGUCCACAGGAGGUGGUCUGGGUGUUGAACUUACAGACUGAACUCUAACAGGCUCUGAGCCUGCAAACACACCACCCAUCACUGACUCCUCCAUCUGUCCUUUAGCUACACACGUGCUGUCCUGGGCAGGAAGGACGGAACUGGUCUGUCUCUUUAAUACUGAGGCUGUCCUGACAGAGGGAUGUGAUGCUAUGGCUUGUGGUUAAAUAAACGUUAUUCCAUACUGUG